AUGUCGGGCAAGCUAUUUAUUCUGGGUAUCCUAGUACUUGCGGCAUGUUGCUUUUUACAAGCAUCUGCUCAUCCAGCCUUACCAGAUGUGACGACAGUAACUGGUGCGGUUCAAACAGCGACUGCACAAGUAGCAAACGCAGCUUCCAAUGCGCCGAAGCCUGCUGAUGUAGCAGGCGCAGUACAAUCAGCCGUACCAGAUACGACGACAGCAACUGGUGCGGUUCAAACAGCGACUGCACAAGUAGCAAACGUAGCUUCCAAUGCGCCGAAGCCUGCUGAUGUAGCAGGCGCAGUACAAUCAGCCGUACCAGAUGCGACGACAGCAACUGGUGCGGUUCAAACAGUGACUGCACAAGUAGCAAACGUAGCUUCCAAUGCGCCGAAGCCUGCUGAUGUAGCAGGCGCAGUAUAA